CAUUAUGAUCAGCAUAUCACUGAAAUUGCGACCUGCGAGUGGAUUUUCUUACUGAACAUGAAAAUCAUAUUUGAAGUUUUUUAAUAUCCAUCAUCGUUAGUGUGUGAAGUUUGGCAAAUAGAGGUGCAGUAUAAUUAUGAUCUCGUGGUUGUGAGAGGGUGCAAAGUCUGAUGGCCCGCUUCUGCAUGACAAUAAGGGAGUGGAUCGAUUGUAACCAUGUACAGGGAUGGGACUAUUUAACUACACCCAAGCAAUAAUACAUGAACUAUCUCAGUGUUCACAUGUAAGUGAAAAAAACAGUACAGAUUUCGGAUGCGCUAUGCAGUGUUUACCUUAUACACAGCUACAGUUUACGUACCCUUACAGUGAAAUGUGCAUUGUGAUCAGCAUAUCACUGAAAUUGCGACCUGCGAGUGGAUGUUUUAAAUGGCAUAACCGUAAAGAAGAUCUGUGAACUGCAUUCUUCUCUGAAAGAUAUCUUCUUCGAUGGCUAACGACGAAAUUUCUGAAAGUGACAGCGAGAGUCACUGCAGUUCUGUGGCGUCGAUUGGAUCUUCUAUGUACGCCGUGCCUGCCAACUUAUUAGAGACAAUUUUCCAACGUCUUAAUGCGUCUGACCUGUGUAGCGUGGCAUCAUGCAGCCGUUGGCUACGCGAUGCAACCAAUCGGGAUUCACUUUGGCGCACACUUUGUCAAAGCAGAGGAUGGGAGCACUACGGCACCACCACAGAUCUGGCCAAGAUAGCUUCCUACGGACCUUCCGAGCAAGGAACUGGCGCUAGUGAAGCGGUUCACGACCGCGGUGUCACCUUCCAGAAUGAUAGGAUCGUGACUGAUGGCAACGCUGCGGGUUUAACUAGCACUUGCAGGUGGAAAUGCGUCUACAUGAGAGCUUACCAUCUGCAUAGUAACUGGACUAGGAAUUUGUCUCAUUUCAAGGAAUUAGAUUCCGGUAUGUAUCCCAGUCUCCUUUCACAAAACUUGGUGGUCGAUGGGGAUCUCCUGGCACUGUGUACCUCUUAUGAGACAGUCCACGUUUUUGACAUUCGGAAGGGCACCCUUGAGUGUGUUAUCCGUGAGGAUUUAGCCAACAUGAACGGAGCUCUCAAGAUCAAAGACGCCAUUGUGGUGGUGUUUUGUUCGAAUGGGAUAAUCCGUUCAUUCGAUGUAAGAACAGGACAGAUGCUGCAAGUGAUGGAGCAACGUCGACAGCGACGAAUCAAGUCAUCGUUCUUUGACGGUGAAUUUGUCGUCCUUAUUAGUACCCAAGACUGGUUCAGUAUCGGCAGAAGGAACAUUUGUUACAUUAACGUGUGGGGUGUCCAAGACGGAAAACGACGCCUGCUUACAAUGGAUGAGCCGACAGGGAACGGUGGAUUUUAUGCCCUUGAUUACCGGAAUAAGCUGCUCGCUGCGGUCCACUCUGAUAACAUAAUUCGCGUUUGGGACGCGAAGAGCGGAAAGUGUUUGCAUGAACUAGAGUGCAGAGAGAUUGCCUGUUCUGUCAAACUUGGGGAUAACGUUAUCGUUGGUUUUAGCGCCGACCACAACAAUGCUAAGUGCGUUAUUCACAUUUGGAAUCUGGACACGGGAGAGUACCAAAAGGAGAUAUCCUGUCCGUGUGCAAAUAGGUGGGAUCCGUACUUGACGAAUAAUUUGAUAAUGAUACUAGAACAUGGCCGCGUUCACGAUUUGAUGUUCGCUUAUGAUCUUCGUGGAAGAUCCGUAACUAAAAAGCCAUUAAAGGAGCUCAUUAUCAUUCCAACAUUCAAUGAAGGCAAUGGAAGUAAGUUCUUCUUUAGCAGAAUUUACUCAGAUAAAAGACAGACCAAAGAGUUCCUCUUUGAAGCCUCUUCUAGUCGUUUGGUACGACUCCUCACUUUUAAACGUGACCUAGGCGAUGCUGGCAUCAUCUGGAUGGACGAAAUCAGAUUGAUUCGAUAUAACCUACGAGAUAAGAUACUUCUCAUUCACCAUUACUGGUGAACCAGUCCAGUGGUGACACUCUACUAGCUUGGAUAUACUGAAAUCAAAGCACGUAUCGGGAACAAAUUUAACAAUAGGGACAACUGCACAGUUGCAGUACGUCGGUCGUUAGAAAUCCUAGUAGGGAGUAUGAGAUUUCAAUAGAAACAAAGGACAACAAUUGCAGGGAAAUAACGGUGGACAAAAGUAGUGCCCCAUAUAUAAGUACCAAUAACUAUGUCAAGAUGGAUGCACUAACGAUGAUAACUACACAGACAAUAGGUUCAGUCCAGAGCUUGAUUGCACCUGUUUUUCACCACAGCAUGAAGGUAGUACCGGUACUGAAAGAAUAUGGGCGUAACUAUAGACCUCGUGAUGUUAUAUUGUUGACAGAAUUGCGCAAUGUGCAUGGUCAUGGGAUGCCAGCUAUCAGCAAACGGUUCUCGUAGGCGCGGUUC